CUGCCUUUCUUGGGGACAUUGCCCUGGAUGAGGAGGACUUGAGGGCCUUCCAGGUGCUGCGGGCUGCAAAUCUCAGACAGCAUACAGCUCGUAGAUCAUCCAUAAAUAAAACUGCAGGAAACUCCUCUGCCCCCGACGGCCAGAGCUCUAGUGGGCAGCCUCCGAGGGAAACCCCGGAGAGAUGGAGGGGCAGGCCCCGCAGCCGGAGGGCAGCAACGUCCAGGCCAGAGCGUGUGUGGCCCGAUGGGGUCAUCCCCUUUGUCAUUGGGGGAAACUUCACUGGCAGCCAGAGGGCAGUCUUCCGGCAGGCCAUGAGGCACUGGGAGAAACACACCUGUGUCACCUUCUUGGAGCGAACCGAUGAGGACAGCUACAUUGUGUUCACCUAUCGACCCUGCGGGUGCUGCUCCUACGUGGGUCGCAGAGGAGGGGGCCCCCAGGCCAUCUCCAUUGGCAAGAACUGUGACAAGUUUGGCAUUGUGGUCCACGAGCUGGGCCACGUCAUCGGCUUCUGGCACGAGCACACAAGGCCAGACCGGGACCGCCACGUCUCCAUCGUGCGCGAGAACAUCCAGCCAGGGCAGGAGUAUAACUUCCUGAAGAUGGAGGUCCAGGAGGUGGAGUCCCUGGGAGAGACCUAUGAUUUUGAUAGUAUCAUGCACUAUGCCCGCAACACGUUCUCCAGGGGCAUCUUUCUGGACACCAUUGUCCCCAAGUAUGAGGUGAACGGGGUGAAACCUCCCAUCGGCCAAAGGACCCGGCUCAGCAAGGGGGACAUUGCCCAGGCCCGCAAGCUCUACAAGUGCCCAGCCUGCGGAGAGACCUUACAAGACAGCACAGGCAACUUCUCUUCCCCCGAGUACCCCAACGGCUAUUCUGCUCACAUGCAUUGCAUCUGGCGCAUCUCGGUCACACCUGGGGAGAAGAUUAUCCUGAACUUCACGUCGAUGGACCUGUACCGCAGCCGCCUGUGCUGGUACGACUACGUGGAAGUGCGUGACGGCUUCUGGAGGAAGGCACCCCUCCGAGGCCGGUUCUGCGGGGGCAAACUCCCUGAGCCCAUCGUGUCCACCGACAGCCGCCUCUGGGUUGAAUUCCGCAGCAGCAGCAACUGGGUUGGAAAAGGCUUUUUUGCUGUCUAUGAAGCCAUCUGUGGGGGUGAUGUGAAAAAGGAUAACGGCCACAUCCAGUCGCCCAAUUACCCGGACGACUACCGGCCCAGCAAGGUGUGCAUCUGGCGGAUCCAGGUGUCCGAGGGCUUCCACGUGGGCCUCACGUUCCAGUCCUUCGAGAUCGAGCGCCACGACAGCUGUGCCUAUGACUAUUUGGAAGUGCGUGAUGGGCACAGCGAGAGCAGCACCCUCAUUGGGCGCUACUGCGGCUAUGAGAAGCCUGACGACAUCAAGAGCACGUCCAGCCGCCUCUGGCUCAAGUUCGUCUCUGAUGGAUCCAUUAACAAGGCUGGCUUUGCUGUCAACUUUUUUAAAGAAGUGGACGAGUGCUCCCGGCCCAACCGCGGGGGCUGUGAGCAGCGGUGCCUGAACACGCUGGGCAGCUACAAGUGCAGCUGUGACCCUGGGUACGAGCUGGCCCCGGACAAGCGCCGCUGCGAGGCUGCCUGUGGUGGCUUCCUCACCAAGCUUAAUGGCUCCAUCACCAGCCCUGGCUGGCCGAAGGAGUACCCUCCAAACAAAAACUGCAUCUGGCAGCUGGUGGCCCCCACCCAGUACCGCAUCUCCUUGCAGUUUGACUUCUUCGAGACAGAGGGCAACGAUGUGUGCAAGUAUGACUUCGUGGAGGUGCGCAGCGGGCUCACUGCCGACUCUAAGCUGCACGGCAAGUUCUGCGGCUCCGAGAAGCCCGAGGUCAUCACCUCCCAAUACAACAACAUGCGCGUGGAGUUCAAGUCCGACAACACAGUGUCGAAAAAGGGCUUCAAGGCCCACUUUUUCUCAGACAAGGACGAGUGCUCCAAGGACAACGGCGGCUGCCAGCAGGACUGCGUCAACACUUUCGGCAGCUACGAGUGUCAGUGCCGCAGUGGCUUCGUCCUCCACGACAACAAGCAUGACUGCAAAGAAGCCGGCUGUGACCACAAGGUGACAUCCACAAGCGGUACUAUCACCAGCCCCAACUGGCCUGACAAAUAUCCCAGCAAAAAGGAGUGCACGUGGGCCAUCUCCAGCACCCCUGGGCACCGGGUGAAGCUGACCUUUGUGGAGAUGGACAUCGAGUCUCAGCCCGAGUGUGCCUACGACCACCUGGAGGUGUUUGACGGGCGUGACGCCAAGGCCCCCGUCCUCGGCCGCUUCUGUGGCAGCAAGAAGCCCGAGCCCGUCCUGGCCACAGGCAGCCGCAUGUUCCUGCGCUUCUACUCCGACAACUCAGUGCAGAGGAAGGGCUUCCAGGCCUCGCACGCCACAGAGUGUGGAGGCCAAGUGCGAGCAGACGUGAAGACCAAGGACCUUUACUCCCAUGCUCAAUUUGGCGACAACAACUAUCCUGGGGGUGUGGAUUGUGAGUGGGUCAUUGUAGCCGAGGAGGGCUACGGCGUGGAGCUGGUGUUCCAGACCUUUGAGGUGGAGGAGGAGACGGACUGUGGCUAUGACUACAUGGAGCUCUUCGAUGGCUACGACAGCACGGCCCCCAGGCUGGGGCGCUACUGCGGCUCAGGGCCUCCUGAGGAGGUGUACUCGGCUGGGGACUCUGUCCUCGUGAAAUUCCACUCAGACGACACCAUCACCAAAAAAGGCUUCCACUUGCGCUACACCAGCACCAAGUUCCAGGACACACUCCACAGCAGGAAGUGACCCCUGCCUGGCAUGGGGACGGGAUGGAGUCCUGCUUCCCUCAGUCACUUAGACUGAACAGUGGGGGUGGCGGGCGGAAGGUGACACAGCAUCCCUCACCCCCAGACGCCAGGACCUGCAGGGCUGACAGGCCGGAUGAGGCUGUCCUCCGAGGCGGAGGAAUUGGACUCCUCAUAAGCCACCUCCCUGCGAUCCCCUGCCAGGGCAAGGGGCCAGGGCCAGGGAGCCGGAGCUUUCACUGAGACACUUGAAGUGACCAGUCCUCCCUUGGGGCCUUGCCUGGGGGCAGUGUCAGCAGCACCCUGCCGCCUUCCCCACCGUCUCUACACACUGUACAGUGCAUAGCCGGUGGCCCGUAAUCUUCCUUGUAAUGUACCUUUCCCACCCUUCUCCAGCCUCUGUAUCGUGACCCCCACUUCUGUUUCCUGGGGCAGGAGUGUUGGUGCGUGCUCCCCAGGAGCCGCCGUGGGGAGAUGAGAGGAGUGGGUGGAGAAACAAGACAGGGCUUCUCUCAGGCCCACUGGCUGGUUCGCCACACCAGGGCACCCCAGCCAAUAAACUGAAAGUGUUACAGCCAGUGAA